AUGGGCGCACUCAGAUAUGACGUCGCCGAUCGGCUGCGCGUGGCGGUGUUCGUUUUAUUUACAGUGAUCGUGACUAUCGCGUGUGCAACGUCCGCUGGUCAUAUCGAGCAGAUGCAAAUUUAUCAGUACGACGAUUACGAGGAAUGUCGUCGAACGUACAGCAAUUCUGUGUUUUGCAGUGCAAAAUCAUACCUUUUGCCUAGUGUGGAUUCAACGCUUUGGGCAGAAAUAAUGAACUAUUCUACACACCCUCGACAUUUCGAUAGACGAACGAUCGAAGUUGGCGUGUGCGUUCAAAAAUGCAAACCUGAAUUUGACAGUGCAGUGCACAAUGUAUCAGCCGAGUUACAGCGAUGCAUAGAGCGAAACAUGUGGAGGCAAUAUGAGCUGAAUUCAUCCAUCGAAAUCAUGCGCUGUAUAUAUGCCGACGAAGCAGCGGUAGAAAACAGUGCUGGAUUAGGUGUGGCGCAGAUUGGGUUCCUGUGCUUCGCGAUAGGGGCGAUAGUGCUGGCGAUACUUGCAUCUGUAUCAGACAAUCCAUCCGACAAAGGAUGUAAAGCGUAUAAGGAAACAUCAAUUAACACGAGCUUGAUGCAAUCCUUUUCACUGGCUCGCAAUUUACCGAAGCUGAUUGAAAGAGAGAAUAAUCUGCGGCAUCUGGACGGCCUCCGUGCGCUAACUAUGAUAAUUAUCCUAUUAACCCAUUCCACGAUACCCUUGAUAAGGAUGCCGCUGAAAAAUGUCAACGAUCUUGAGGCUCAGUUCAGUCAGCCGUGGUUCCCGAUUGCAAUGGCCGGUAACACGUACACGGUGCAGAUAUUCUUCGUCAUCGGAGGUUUGCUGUUGGCAUUUAACAUGCUGGAGCAAUUUAAGAAGCGUGAUAGUGUAGGUGUGGCUUAUUUUUUGGAUCGUGUGAAAAUUCGACUCAUCAGAUUACUUCCGCUGUAUCUGUUUAUGAUCCUAUUUCAUGCUUCAUGGUAUCCACGGUUGUAUAAAGGGCCGAUCGGUGAUCGUUUUCAAGAUCAUUGCACAACAAACUGGUGGACCAAUGUCUUGUUUUUGAAUAAUUAUAUCAAUGCAAGCGAACCGUGUAUACAAUUUUCCUGGUAUCUAGGGGCAGACUUCCAGCUUUAUCUACUCGGUACAGUGUUGAUGAUUUUAAUGCGGAUUCCAAAACUGUUCAAACCGAUUAUAGUAUGCAUGUUGGUUGGUGCUUUUCUUGGACCAGUAGUCGUCAUUUAUAGGUAUCAUCUGGAUGCUACAGUGAUGAUGAUAUUAAGAUAUGUACUUCAAGAAAUUCGCACAUUACCAUACUACUUGCGCGUGUAUAUUCCAUUCGAGACAAAUGCAGGAAAUUAUUUCUUCGGAAUGAUAGCUGGAAUUGCAUAUUCCCGUUUAAAGGAUAAUCCAGCAGCCGCUUCUAUUUUAAAGCUAAAUUAUCUUUUACCAAUAAGCGCUGCGUUUUUUCUAACAAUGAACGGACUUACUAUGAUGCUACCUUCGGACCAUUUGACCAAACCUUCAUUCGGUCUAGCAUUUUUCGGAUCAAUGCUAAAAAGCGCAUGGGGUAUUUUUCCCUCAGUAUUACUGCUUCAUAUCGCAUUUCAGAAAAGACCGGCAUGGUUAGUAGCAGUACUUCAACAUCCAAUACUGUUAGUUGCAUCUAAAUUAAGCUACAGCAUUUACCUUGUACAGUAUACAAUAGUUUACACAGUGUACAGACACAUUACCUAUCCGCUUGUAUAUAACAGUUUUACCAUACUUAUCUUUACAGCGGCAAUUGUAAACAUGACAUUCUGUGUAGCAUUUUUUCUACACAUUUUUAUUGAACUUCCUUUCAACUUAUUCCUCAAACAAAUCUUGGGAAAAUCUAAAUCUAAAGUUUAAUGUUUUUU